CGCUGCCCAGCCAUUCUUUUCCGGCGACGGAGACGCAAGCACGGGCUAUAGGGGAGAGAGGGAAAGCAGGCGAAAAAAUGGUGUCGCCGGUGGUAAACACGUAUCCUCUCUCUAACUACACUUUCGGAAUGAAGGAACCGAAGAUGGAGAAGGACACUUCCGUCGCCGACCGUCUAGCUCGUAUGAAGGUUAACUAUAUGAAAGAGGGUAUGCGGCUGAGCGUUGAGGCAAUUUUACUGGUUCAGGAGCACAAUCAUCCUCACAUACUGCUGCUGCAAAUUGGUAAUACUUUCUGCAAACUUCCCGGUGGUCGUUUGAAACCUGGUGAGAAUGAGGUUGAAGGCUUAAAACGAAAGCUGUGCAGCAAACUUGCUGUUAACUCACCUGCCUUUCAGCCAAAUUGGCAGGUUGGUGAAUGUGUUGCUAUCUGGUGGAGACCGAACUUUGAAACAGUCAUGUAUCCGUAUUGUCCUCCACACAUCACCAAACCCAAGGAGUGCAAAAAGCUUUUCAUUGUUCACUUGUCUGAAAGAGAAUAUUUUGCCGUUCCAAAAAACUUAAAAUUACUUGCUGUUCCAUUAUUCGAGCUUUAUGAUAAUGUUCAGGUGGAGCAAGCAGUGACCCUCGUAGAAGAAGAAAGCUUGGUGGGAAGGGGGCGGCAAAGGCGGGGCGACAAUGGCAGGGUGGCAAAAGCAGGAAAUGGAUGUGGUGACGGGGAUGUCAUUAGAGUGGUGGUGGUCGAAGGAUGAGACGAUGAUGUAGGAAUACAAGCAGGAGAUGAUGGCAGCUGAAGUAGCAGGCUGCAGCAAUGACCGCUAAUUGUGGCUGGGGAUGCCUGAAAGGAAACAUCUUGCAUUAGAGGGAGAUUUUGUUAUAUUCUAAAAAAAUCCUUAAAAAUCAUAACUAAUCUAUAAUUGUUGUCUUGUGUUAUAUAAAUUUUCAUGUUAUCAUAAAAAUUGACGUUUUCUCAAACCAUGA